AUGACCCAAGAGCAGGUGUCGCUGGUCCUAUACCAUGUCCUGCCUAAGUACUACACAUUGUUCACCUUCAAGACCACGAGCAACCUGGUGAACACACAGGCCUCCGGGAGCAACAACGUCUACACCAUCAACAUCACCUGCAGCAACAACCAAGUGAACGUGUCGACGGGGGGUCAACGAGAUGCCCGUCAACAACAACCUCCAUCUGGACUUCCCAUUGGCAGUAUCUACGAUAAGAACUACAGCGUCCCUCUUUCCUCUCUCUUCCUAGCGGAUGAUGCUCCCAAGGGAAGCACAGGUGCUACAAGCACUGCAUCAUCUUCCUUGCCAUGGCAGAAUCAAAUGAAACUUCUAGUCCGGUCUGAAUCUGCCACCUCCAGUGAUGUUGAUCAGAUCAACACUUUCCUCCUUGGUGAACGAUGA